GAGAGAGAGAGAGAGCAGGAUCCGAAAGCUGAUACAACUUCCAUGAAUAUUCAAGGCGGGAAAAUGAUGAAAAAUAACACAUACUAUAUCUGCUACUUGCAUGUUUGCGCUGGACUGUCAUCCCGUUUGCAAGAUAUUAAGGAAGAAAAUGCACAGUUGGAAGAGCCUCUCACUGCAAAGCAAGAGCUUACCAAGUCACAUGAAGCUAGCAUUAGACAGUUACAAAAAGAUUUAUCAUCUUCUAAAAGUGAAGUGUCGAAAGUAGAGUCAAGAAGGGUUGAGGCACUAGCAGCUACGAACUCAGAGGUAGAAGCACUUGUCAGUGCAAUGGAUGCCUUGAAAACCCAGGCUGCUCUGAACGAAGGAAAAUUGUCGUCCCUUCAGGUGGAAUGUACAUCUCUGAAUCAAGAGCUGCAAGAUAUGGAAGUUCGUCCUCGCAGAGGGAAAACAAAAUCUACGGAUGAACCAAACCAAUUGACACAGAUUCAAGCAUGGCAGGGCGAAGUGGAUCAUGCUCGACAUGCUCAGAGAGAUGCCGAGGAGAAACUUGCUUCAAUGGAGGCUGAAAUGCAACAGGUGAGGGUUGAAAUGGUAGCCAUGAAGAGGGAUGCAGAAAAUUACGGGUUAGUUACACAAGCCGAGGCCCAAAAAGUUGGGGAUUCAAUGGUCAGACCAUGACGGGUUACGCAAGGAAAGCAA